CGGUGUGGCGAGCGUGCGCGCGCGCGUGUGUGUCCGGGCUGGGAACGGGCGGCAGGGCGCAUGCUCUGGGUGGCUCUCCGGAGUCCGGGCUGCUGGGGGCUCCGUCUAAGAAGGCAGCGAGCAGGAGAGGCAGACAAGGAAGGAGGAGGCGCAGGAGAAGGAGGAGGAGGAGGAGGGAGGAGGAGGAGAAAAUCAGAAAUAAAGAGCCCGCGUCCGUCCGCCAUGGGCUCCCCUCUGCUGCGCGCAUUCUCCGCUUCUUCAUGAAGUAGAGCCGCAGGGGUGGGGGCGGGCAGAGCAGAGGACCCCCCCGGGCCCCCAGGCAUGGCCAGUUCGUGUGCUGUUCAGGUGAAACUGGAGCUGGGGCACCGAGCCCAGGUGAGGAAGAAACCCACCGUGGAGGGUUUUACCCAUGAUUGGAUGGUGUUCGUCAGAGGACCGGAGCAUAGCAACAUUCAGCACUUUGUGGAGAAAGUCGUCUUUCACUUGCAUGACAGCUUCCCGAGGCCAAAAAGAGUGUGCAAAGACCCACCGUACAAAGUUGAGGAAUCUGGCUAUGCUGGUUUCAUUUUGCCAAUAGAGGUUUACUUCAAGAACAAGGAAGAACCGAAGAAAGUCCGCUUUGACUAUGACCUAUUCCUUCAUUUGGAAGGCCACCCACCUGUAAAUCAUCUUCGCUGCGAAAAGCUCACGUUCAAUAACCCAACGGAAGAGUUCAGAAGAAAGUUGCUGAAAGCAGGAGGGAUCAUGGUAAUGUCAGAUGGGACCUCAGCUGCUUCAGGACAGAGUCUUCACCUCCUCAACCUUCCCAGUAAUUCCCUGUCUUUUUCUGAAGUGAAGAAGAAAUCAUCUCAUGGGCCGAAGGACCCAAGUAAGAUUAUAAGCACUUGCAGCAGCAGCAGCAGCAGCAACAGUUUUUCAAAGCCCCAUAAAUUAACUAAGGAGCACAAGGAGAAACCUUCUAAAGACUCGAAAGAACAUAAAAGUGCCUUCAAAGAACCUUCCAGGGAACAUAACAAAUCUUCCAAAGAGUCCUCCAAAAAACCCAAAGAAAACAAACCACUAAAGGAUGAAAAAAUUGUUCCUAAAAUGGCCUUCAAGGAACCCAAACCCAUGUCAAAGGAGCCAAAAUCCGAAAACAACAUCCUUACCAUAGCAGGUGGACAGCAACAAGAGAAGAAAGCCCCCACGAAAAGGCCUCCGGGGAUGGAUUCUGAGGAUCUUGCAGCCAAAAAGAAGAGGAAAAGUGGCUCGGAGGCUUUAUUUAAGAGUUUUUCCAGUGCUCCCCCACUGAUACUUACUUGUUCCACAGCGGACAGAAAACAGACAAAGGAUAAAUCUCAGUUUAAGAUUGGGAAAGUCAAAAUGGAAAGUGAGACACUGGAAAAGAAGAAAACCACAUUACCCCCCUUUGAUGAUAUUGUGGAUCCUAACGAUUCCGAUAUGGAGGAGAACAUGUCCUCGAAAUCUGAAUCGGAGCAACCCAGUCCUGCCAGUUCAAGCUCCAGCUCCAGCUCGAGUUUCACGCCGUCUCAGAACAGUCGACAACAAGGUCCUUUGAGGUCUAUAAUGAAAGAUCUGCAUUCUGAUGAUAAUGAAGAUGAAUCUGACGAAGCAGACGAGAAUGACAAUGACUCUGAGAUGGAGAGACCUGUAAAUACUCAUGGAGGAAGCAGGGGCCGCAGGGUUAGUCUGAGCGAUGGAAGCGACAGCGACAGCAGUUCAGCAUCUUCACCCCUCCGCCACGAACCCCCACCUUUAUUAAAAACCAACAAUAACCAGAUUCUAGAAGUGAAGAGUCCUAUAAAGCAGAGUAAAUCUGAUAAACAGAUUAAGAAUGGCGAUUGCGAUAAGGCAUAUCUUGAUGAGCUAGUUGAGCUUCACAGAAGGUUAAUGACACUAAGGGAAAGACAUGUACUGCAACAGAUUGUAAACCUCAUAGAAGAAACGGGACAUUUUCAUAUCACAAACACAACCUUUGACUUUGACCUUUGCUCCCUGGACAAAACCACAGUUAGGAAGUUACAGAGUUACCUGGAAACGGCUGGAGCAUCCUGAGCACACGGCAGCUGGCUGCAUCGAAAACUGUGCUCUCUCUUUUUUAAAAAAAGAAAUAAAACAUUCAGAGUGAUGCAACCAAAAUGGCAGCAAACAAACGGAACCAACCAACUCUCUUCAGCUUUAUUAUUUUGUUUAAAGCCAGUCGUCAUCUCUUGAUUAAGGAGAAGAAAUGUGACAAGCCUCAGAGGAUUUGCUCUUCUCAACAAGGAAACGCUCUGGAAGAGUUAGCCUGGAUAGCCUUGAAAAAAAAAAAAACACUUAAUGAAUGUGUAUGAUAUCAUGUAUCUCUCUAUGUGGUGUUCCAGGCCACAAGACGAAUGCAUGUUCAGCACACUGCCUUAUUACAUAACUGAUCUAUUUAUUAUUGCAUACGCAUAUUCUGAAGUCUUUGAGGGAAGGACUCUACCAGAUGUUACAAGUCCUUGUGUCCUGUGUAUUCUCUCCUUUGAUCCAGCGCCACCGCUGUCAAAAGCCUUCUGACCUUGCGCUUGUUUGGACGCCACUUUUUCCUGACUUUUGGGUAUUCCCUUGACCAGUUUAAAAGCCCCGCCGUCUUGUUUCCGUUUCCGCAGUCCCCCAAAACGAGAUGCCAAGUUGGGGAGCGGGGGUGGCAAAAAAAAGUCUCUCCUUUUUUUACUGUUCAGUCUGCCGUAGCAGAAUCCACCCCCACCAUCAGCUGCCCUUGUGUGUUGACCUCGGACCACAGUAGAAAAUGCGCCAAAUAGAACCACGACUUGCUUUCUAGCCUUAGUCAAUAAACCGGUAGGACGUUCAUGAAAAGGAAAGAAGUGUUACUGUAUACUAUCCUAAAUCCAGCAUUUUUCCCACCCACAUCUUUGUGUAUGUUUUCAUGUGUUAUUAGAUACCAUAAAAUUGGAAGCACUCUAGAAGUUUGCCAUAAAAAAAAAAGAGAGAAAUCUAGUCCCGUUUUCUAUGGAAAUGUUGUAGAAAGUCCUUAAUUUGGAGCUAUUUAUUACUUAGGAGUUCCAGCACUCAACUGCAGUUCAUUCAUUUUUGUUACUAAAAAUAGAGGCAUAAAUUUGGUUCUUUGUUCAUUCAGUAUAUUAUAAUCUGUUUACUUUAGAUUUCUGUUUUGGCUCUUUUUCUACCCCAUCAAUUAAAACAUUUUCAUUUAGGCCGUUAGACGAUGACAGGAUGGGAAACUUUCAAAAUUUCACUACUUGUUAAGUAACGCUCAUUGAUCGUAGGGCUGUCAACCCAAUAAAAAAAAACUUAGUUGAUUAAUCAUGUUAAUUUGAAUUGAUUAAUCAAUUACACCUGCAGAAGUUUGCAUGUGAAUAAACAAUACUUCUGAA